AGGCAGGCGGGGAGUUCAGGUUACCGCUGCCGCAUCGCCGCCUGCCUUCGCUUCUGCCUCCGGAGCCGGGCCGAGGAUGAGCCCCUCGCUGGGCACAGCGGGGCUCUGGGGUGACAGGGGCACAACCGGGCAGCUGUAGCCCCCCAGAUCCCGGCGAUCCCGCCGGGAAGAGCCGCAGCCGCCGGAGGAUGCGCUGCGGGCGCCCGGGGUGAGGAGGCACCGCUUCCUUUGGCCAGCGGCAGGUGACACUUCUGCAUCUGAGAUGGAAACACUUUCCUGAGUGGAGGAGGCCCAGGAAUGUUUGUUUUUCCUGAGUGUUGCCUGCAGGACUCCCCCUGUGCCUGAGGUGUUUAAGUUGAGUUUAUGCAAUUUGCUGGGACUGUGGUUAACCACCUGUAAGCUGCCCUCUGUGGCACAGAAAAUACAAUUCAGAGGAGGAAAUGGUGCAAAUUUGCCUCAGAAUGGGUGAGGUUAAGGAGUUUUGUGGGUCAGUUAUUGUGGGUCAUUUCUCUUCUGAAAUAGCCUCAUAGCACCAUAGGGCAAGGGAGUGAAACUCCAAGAGACUCUUGCUCAGGUACUGAGCAAUUUAACCAAUUUUAAACCUGAAUUUUUAAAACCUGAAUUUUAACCAAUUUACAUUUUAAAAUUUCUCCUUUUUUGACCAUGGUUUUUCUUUGAUUGCUGUGAAAAAUAUUUCUUUGCUCAUUAUAGCUGUGCCAGUGUUUAGGCCAUGUUGGCCAUGAAUAUAUCUGUAUAUAUGGUAAAUGAUAUUUCAUUUUAAUCCAGAAUGUGACAUCUCACUCUAAUUUUUCUUUCUCUAGAAAACUAAUAACUUCACUUGUUUUUACUGUACAUAUUUUUCUUUUAAUUAUUCUUAAUUCUCUCCUUAUUAAAACUCCAAGUGGUAAAUAAAAGCCAGCCCAACCUUCCACAAAGAAAAUUCAAUCUGCUGUUGGAGUCACAGGGUCAAUCAGCUAAAUGGGUAUUAGUAACAUAAAGACAGAGCACAAGCCAGGCCACGUAGUGGGAUUUGCAAAUCCAUAACAGUAAUGCUCCUUUUCUAUCUGUUCUCUAAUUGAUGGCUCAGGGACUCCUGCCCUGGCUCUGUGACAGAGCCACUGCCUGGACAGAAAACAUUUCUGGAGAACCAGAGGCUCAUUUUAAGUAUGGAAAGAUUAAAAUAAAACCCAGUCCUCAGACCCCUUUUUUCCAUGCACAGCAGGCCUGGGAGGAACUGGGGGAGCAAAUCCCCUCCUACCACAGUAGCAGUGUGGAAAAAAUGGGAGAAAAACCAGAGAGAUGAAAAUAAUCAAGACCAAAAAAACCCAACCAAACAAACAAAAUCCCAAAUGAAAAAAAACCAUAACAAAAUCAAAGAAAAAAAAAAACCCAAAAGACCAAACAAAAACCUCCAAGAAACAAACAAACAAACAAAAAAACCAAACAAAAAAUCCAAAAAAAAAAAAGGAAAAAAAAAGAAAGAAAAAAAAGGGAGAGGAUCUGGCCAUAAAUAAUGAGCCCAGCAACUCAGUGCUGAGGUGAUAGAAGCUGGUGUGUGUGGAGGAGAGGAACAGUGCCUUGCUCUGUCUUGCUGAUGGAGACACCAUCCUGAGAGCAGAGGCUGGUGAGAGGUACCAAAGGGAAAAAGGUUCAGAAAGUAGAGCUCAAAAAGUUUUUCACUUUGUCCUGCACUUUUUUUUGGGGCGUUUCCACCCUUUUUGCCUGCCAGUUUGGGUGAGCACACUGUUAAUUCAUAAAACUGGUGAGCCAGUUACUGCUGAAGCCAUUUCAUCAACAGAAAUGUCAUUUUGGAGAGCUCCAGACUGGCCCCUGCUCCUCUGAAACUCUUGCAUUUAGGGAAAAAAAUAAAUGUUUCCUGCUGUUCUUGACAUUUUCUUAUUAUCUAUGUGUGCUUAAUCCUUCUCUGUGUCAUGCUGAGCUUAUGAAAAAGCAAUUUAGGGGCUUUAUUCCAAGGAAAAUUGGGAGUUAGCAGCUUGUACCAGUCCUUAUACCAGGGCAUAUGUUACAGUCAGUGAUUAGGAGAGGCAGAAGGGAAUAGCCCUGCUGACUUUAACUGGGCAGGAUCCGAGUUUGGAGCUCCUGGUCCCACUCUUAAUUUGUGCCUCUGAUUUUGGGGCUGCAGCUCUUUGAGUCUUGUCACAAAGUAAGGACUUUUGCAGGUGGUCCCAAGCACUUUUGAUCAUUUGUGGUUUGGGUUUUUCCCUGGCUGAUGUGUGUGACCUCGGUGCAAAACACCAGCAGCCUGACAUCUGCUGAGCCUGGCAGCAGCUUUGCCCCAGAAAAGAGCAGCUGACCCAACUUCAAAAAUGUGACUCAUGGCCCCUCCAGCAAAAGGAUCAGGAGCAGUUUCUGGGUUGGUGCAAGAGCCCCACAGGACACCAAGAUGAGAGGAACCUGGCUGGGUGUGCCCCUGGGACAGCUGCUGGCUCUGGGACACAGGCACAAAUGGAGAAACAUGAUGGAUUCCAGAAAGUUCAGGCUGUUUGUCUGCCUGCUGGGGCUCAGCAGUGCCAGCCUUUGGCUUUUCUACACCUGGACCGAAUUGUGCGUGCUCUGUGAGAGCAGCCAGGGUUACCUGCUCCCCACGGAGACUUUCAGGAGGAGGGAAGAGAACUUCUCCCAGCUCCCAGACGUUGACUGCCACAAGAACCCUCCUUUCCUUGUCCUGCUGGUGGCAUGCUCAUUCCAGCAGCUGGAUGCCAGGAUGGCCAUCAGGCACAGCUGGGGCAGGGAGAGGACGGUGGCUGGGAAGCGCCUGGUGACGUUGUUCCUGCUGGGGAACCCUGGGGAUCCCAGUCAGCAGGCUGCCAUGGCUGCUGAGAGCCAGAGGUACAGAGACAUCAUCCAGAAGAACUUUACAGACACUUAUUACAACCUGACCCUCAAGACCAUGAUGGGAAUGGAGUGGAUUCACAGGUUUUGUUCCCAGUCCACCUUCACCAUGAAAACCGACACAGACGUGUUUGUCAAUGUUUUUUACCUCACUGAGCUGCUCCUGAGGAAAAAGAAGAGCACUGGAUUCUUCACAGGCUUUUUAAAACUGCACGAGUACCCCAUCAGGACAAGAGGGAGUAAGUGGUAUGUAAGUAGGAAAGAGUAUCCAGGAACGACCUACCCCCCCUUUUGUUCCGGGACUGGAUAUGUUUUAUCCAGCGACGUAGCCAGCCAGAUCUAUAACAUUUCUGAGAGUGUUCCCUUCAUUAAACUGGAGGAUGUGUUCAUAGGGCUGUGCCUCGACAAAUUAAAAAUUCAGCUGCAGGAGCUUCACUCGGAGCAGACGUUUUUCCCAGAAAGGAUCAAGUUCUCUGUUCCUCGCUUCAGGAAAAUCGUGACGUGCCAUGGAAUAAAACCAGCUGAGCAGCUCAGCUACUGGAAGCACUUAGUGGCAGCCACUCAGGGAGGAGUGCUCUAGCACCCACCCUGCUCCACUUAACAGACUGAAAUUCUCUGCUUUUACAGGGCUGCUCUCCACCCCAGCAAACUCCCAAUUAACUCCAGCUCUGUCACGUUAAAGGCUUUAGAAAUGGUUAUUUUAAUCACAGAAUCAGAGAAUUGUAAAGGUGGGAAAAAGAUGUCCAGGAUCAUUGAGUCAAACCUUUGACUGAACACCACCUGGUCAAUUAAACCAGAGCACUGAGUGCCACAUCCAGUCAUUCCUUGAGCACCUCCCUGGGCAGCCCCUUCCAGUGCUCAACCAACCCCUCUGUGAAAAAAUUCCCUAUUUCUGCCUAAGAACCUGCAAACCUCCUUCUCUCCAUCCAUUCACUCCCACCUCUGUGCCUCCCUUCUCUACACAAGUAACAAUUAUUAUUUUUUUUUCCCUGAAGCAUCCAGGCCUGCUAACCCACCCUCCAAAAUUUGCUGCCAGAGGCCUGGGAAUAUUUCUGCUGUGCCAAACAAAACAAAGUCAAAGCACUUUUGUUCAGGGAAUAAAAUCUGCACCAUCUUCCUGGUUGCCCUUGAUAAAUUACUGCACCCAUCUGUGCAGGCACUUAAGGGAUGAUAUUUGUAGCUGUCAGGAUGCUCCCUCCUGGCAUAGAAAGCUGCAGCCCUGCCCUUGCAGCCAGCUCUGAGUGGGCUGAGCUGCAUCCUGGCACAGAUCCCUAUUCAGUCUACAGCAGGUUUGGGGGUUUUUUUGCAGAGAUGGUAGAAUUUGCCCAUGCAAAGCUCUCAGAACAACCUUGGGCAGUGCAGGUCACCUGGUGGAGGUGUAAAAGCUGCUGCAGCUGUUUCCUUGUGUGUGCUUCCUGCUGCAAAUAAUCCAGUGGUGGAGCCAGUGCAGGGUGUCUGCUCUUCCUAUUAAAAGAGACCCUGGAGACAUCCUUUAUAUUUGUGUCUCACUUUGAUUGCCUGAGAGCUGCUGUGAAUGGUUUGCCAAGGCUAAACUCGAGUCACUUGCAGUGAUUUAGACUUUUUUUUUUUCCCCAAAGAAAAACUGGGUGUGAGAGGGAAAAGACAUGAGGAUUUUUCUCUCUUUUAAACAAGACCUAGUGGAAAAUGUGCUCAAGCAAUCAUUCAGGCUGGGAGCCCUCUUUCUUAUUUCAUUCCCCAGCAAGGACUCAUGAAAUCUCUGGGAUGAUGCUAAGUUUCAGAGAUAGGGAGAGGGGGUCUUUACAGCAGAUGCUAAAAAUCCUUCAGGGCUCUGAGGAGGGAGAAAGGAGCUGAGAAAUCCUCCCUUAUGCAAUGGUCCUGUUUGAUUUUCCUGCAGGCACAGGCAAGGUCAGUGCUAUCAGCAUGGAAUUCCUGUCGUGUCUCUGGGAAGGGUUUUUUCUAUAAAGCAGUGAAAGUGGAGCUGUUCCUAAGGGAAGCUGAGGGGAUCCAACAUCUAGCAUGGUAAAAGCAUGGAAGAAAGACAGGAAAACAGAUUUUAUUGUUUUGGAGUUAUUUAUUUUCAUUGUUUUCUUUUUCAUUGAAAAGGAUUCUUUUUUCUUUCUUUCUUUCCCUUCCUUUUCCUUUUUUUAUCCUUCCUGUCAAGGAUUUCCCAAGUAUCUCAUUUUACUUGCCUGUGUCUGAAGAGCAGAGUAAAUAUUCUCAGCAGGAAGAUCCUGCUGAGAAGUGCUUAAUAAUGGUCACGAUAUAUUAUUUAUUUUCCUCUGGUGCAACCUGAGAUUAUGCACUUAUUUUUGACCACUGAUGAUGAACAAUGUUUACUUGUUUGCCAAAAGAAUGGUAUUUUUCAUUUUAAUAUACUUUAAUAAACUUUUAAUAUUUUAUUUUAAUAAUUAAAAUAUUUAAAUAGCUGAAUUUUGCUUAAAAUUCAGCUAUUUUUGAAUACUUUUGCUGCCUUCAGAAGGCAUGAUGGGUCAGACUGAUAAAGCCAAGACAACAUCUUUUUAAUCACUAUUCUUUCCAUGUAAUUACGCAGAAAUACCUUGCAUCAUUCAUUGCUGUUGUGCCCAAGGUGCAAGCUGGUUAUUCCUUUAAUUUAUGGAAAAUUGGUGAGCAGAAAGGAAUUAACCCUGGUCAUUGCUAGGCCUUUGCCUUGAGGGGCAGAGCUCUGUGAGCUGGGACAGCAUCAUCAGCCUGAUGUUCUCUUCUUGUUCUCAGAGAUAAUACAGUCAUAAAAAUAAUAAUAUAAAAAAUGAAAUAAUCCUGCAGGCAAUCGCAGGUCUCACUCCCCCCCUCUGUGCCUGGUGCCAGCAGUUUGUGGCUUUGCAUCAGUAUAAAAAAGUCACCCUUGAAGGUGGCUUGACCUCUUGGCUGGGGCUUUUAUUUGAGUCCAGGAGUGCUCCAAAUUACUUGAAUCCAGCUGCUGACUGUUCUCAGUCCCUUCUGCAGACUCAACCUCUGUAUUUUGGGGGUUAAAUUCCAGUGGAAGAUGUCCCUGUCUGUGGUAAGGGGGUGGGAAUGGAUGUUCUUUAAGGCCUCCUCCACCCCAACCCCAACCCUUCUCUGGCUCCACGAAUUCCAUCUCUGAUGGAUUGGGAACAAGGACCUGACACAAGGCACUGAAACCAUCCUGGCACCAUUUCCAGGGAGAUGGAAUUGUCAUUUCAAGUGACCUGUGCAGGAUGUCUCUGUUGCUGCCCUCAGGAUGUUUUGUCCCCACAUCAGUCUCCAAUGCCCUGACUGCCCACAAAUAAACAUUUGUUCUUGCUGAAGCUCUGCUGAGGAGCAGAUGAGUUUGGGUUGAAAUGUCAGGGAUUCAGAUUUUCAGGGAUUUUUCUGCUCCUCUCCUCUUUGCAGAGUGGUUUCCCAAGUGAAUGCUGCACAGAAUUUUCCUCAGUAUGAUGAUUUUCUUUGUGUAAAUGAGAAACUGAUCUUGUAAUUCACAGGACCAUAGAAUUGUUUAGGUUGGGGAAAAAAAAACCUGCAAGUUCCCUGAGUCCAACCAUUAACCCCAAAAGGUGUCCCCAAGCACCACAUCUACACUUUUUUUAACACUUUCAGGGAGAGUGAUUCCUGAUUCCACCACCUCCUUGGGCUGCCUCUUUUACCACUCUUCCUGCAAAGAAAUUUUUCAUAAAUCCAGCCUAAACCUUGUUGUUAUUACAUGGCAAAGGUUCUAUAUUGCAGGAGUUUGGUACCUCCUCAAUGUUUCCCCUAGGCAGCUCCUCUAAGCACUGACUCUUCCUUCUUCUCACAGCAGACAGCUGACUCCAGUUCCCCUCAACCAACCAUUCCACUCUUUUAUAACACUCUUCUUCUUAUUGGCUACAGCUGAGGCCUGUUCCUUAUCUCAAAUCAUUGGCUCUGCUGCAACUCCUUAAGGGGUACGAUUACUUUCUCUACCACCUUUAAUUCCCCCUUUUAAUUACAGAGUUGAAGCAUUUCUAGAAGAAUAUGUUCAACUAAAUUAACAUUACAACACAUUCAUAUAUUUCAUUUAGAACUAAUAGUUAGACAAACAUUCAGACAACAUAUUACAGUACAAAUAUAUAUGUAUUUCUAAGUGUUGGUUCAGUUUUGCAGCAUUUCUCAGUUUACAAAGUACUUAUCUUCAAAAUCUUUUAUACUGAUGCUUAGCAGACAUUAAGAGCUCCACUAAUCAAUAAACACAUUGGACUAAAUAAGAGAACUAUUAUUUUUCCAGUUCUUACAGUUACUUUAGUAAAUUCUCCCCUGGUCCUUUUCUUCCAAACCCAUGGGGCCAUAUAAUUUAGUGUUUGAGUCCUUUCUCUCCCGAAGUCAUGUCGGGGUCACCAGUUGCUGCCUUUAUACUGCAAAGGUUCCAUAUUGCAGGAGUUUGGUACCUCCUCAAUGUUUCCCCUAGGCAGCUCCUCUAAGCACUGCCUCUUCCUUCUUCUCACAGCAGCCAACAGACCCCAGUUCCCCUCAAUCAACAAUUCCACUCUUUCAUAGCACUCCUCCUCUUAUUGGCUACAGCUGAGGCCUGUUCCUAAUCUCUAAUAAUUGGCUCAGCUGCAACUCCUGAGGGAUAAGAUUGCUUUCUAUACUACCUUUAAUUUCUUACAUUAUAUCCCCCUACAAAACCUCCCUUGGUGCAACUUAAAGCCAUUUCGUCUUCUCCUGUUGCUCUUCACUUGGGAGAAGAGACCAAGUCCCAUCCCACCACACCCUCCUGCCAGGGAGUUAUGGAGUGCAGUGAAAUCCCCCCUGAGCCUCCUUUUCUCCAGGCUAAACCCUUCCCCUGCCCCCUAGGCUGCUUUGAAUAAGAAUAUAUUAAUUGAGCAAUUAAUUACUUAAAACAUAAAGUUACCCUGCUGGAAAAUGUGAUUUAAGAAAAAGCAGAUGAUUGCAUGUAAGGCAAAUCUAUUUGUUUAAACAAAGCCACUGUGCUAGUGAGUUUAUAUGUAUCAGCUAAAUUAAAUUAGCUUUUGCAGCUGAGGCCUCAGAUCAUGAAUUUUAAAACAAUCAAAACAGUAUUAGUGGCCUUUUGCAAAAUUAGAUUCAUUUUCCUAUGAAAGACCAUCCCAAAACAAUCAGAAAUGUAAGUAGAACUGUAAACACAAAACUGCAGUGUACAUAUACUUAUUUUUAAAAUUUUGUAUAGGCUGAUAAAAGAAUUCAGGCAAUUUGGGGGCAGUUUGUCGGCAGAAGCUGAGCACUACCCCAAUGUUUUUAAGUAUUUUGGGUUAGAAGUUCAUUAAAUGUUUAUUUUUUUCUUUAAUGAAUAGCUUUGAAAAGGUCAUCUAAAAGUUACUCCACUGGUUCUAAGUAGGGAGGAGUGCAGAAAUCAGCAGAGCUGGCAGUGUCUUAGAGUUGGUUGCAUUUCAGCACACUCUGUUUCUUCUAAGAUCAGUUUUUGGAUGCAUAAAAAUUAAUACUUUUUUUUUUCCCCACUCUCCUAAUUCAUCAACUAACACAUUCCCAGCUUAAAUUAGGAUUUUCUAAUCUGCACAAAGGAUUUGGUCUCACAGCUCCUCUGACUCAGACUUAUUGAGGAGGCACAACCCUCCCAGGCACUUCUGAAAAUCCAGAAGUGGGUUUUUGCAAUGGAAGUUUUUCCUUAUUUCAGAGUGGAAGGGGACAAAAGGGCUCCUGGUGUGUGCUGGAUGUGACAGGAGUGCCUGCUCCUCCUGGAUGUGUGCAGGUGAAACUGCAAUGUUCAUUUCAAAGGCAUCACAAUGUUUGUAUUAUUUGCAUAGAACAUUUGAGUGUUGAGCCAACAGUUCCAUGGUUGAUAUUUUAUUAGUAAAGAAUUUUGCUACCACA